AUUAAUGCAGAAGCAUCUAUGAUAAUAGUAGUGGUUUUAUGGAAUGUGAAGUUAUGGUGCUCCUUUUUAAUGUAUAAAUUUUAUGUACAUUAUUGAGAUCAUUAAAUGUACUUAGAAUUCGAUUGUGAUGAAAACGCGAGUGAUGUGAAUUUUUGUAUGUAACUAUAAAAAGUUUUCUCGAAAGUUUGUUGUCUACGUAUAUGUCGAUUCCAAGAAAUAUUGGUGUUUUCAGAAUGGUGCAUCACAGUAGGAAUUGAAAGGAAUUCACAGGAUCACUUUGUAUAAUGAAACUAGCACCGAAGCUAUUUCUUCUGCUUUUCUCUAUCGUCGGAGGUUCAAGUAAAGAGAAAAACUCUACCUCGAAACACUUACCCAAAUGUGUUGGUUUACCUUCAUGUGGCUAUACUGUGCCCGAGGGAGAUAUAUCUUUAAAUUAUGGAGAGCCACUACAAAUAACAUGUUAUAUUUAUGACGAAUACGUUGAGAAAUAUACUAAUGCUAGCUCAAGGCUUUAUUUCACUAGAAAUAAAACAAUAUUCGAUCCAAAUAAUGGAACAGUUUCCAGUUCCCACUUGCCACCAAUUACCUACGAUAGAUCUUUUAUAACUCCAUAUGAUAAAGUUGAUCUAAAUGAUGAAACUGCACCGAGAAUAGAAAUUUUAGACGAGCGUAGCAUCCAACUCACUAUUCCAAAGCCUGAGAAAACUGUAAAAGAUUUCUUUGCCUGUCUACUAAACACAACAGUCUACCAAACAGAACAUCAAAUGACCGCUUGUACUAAUGUUGUUGCAGUUGGAGUGCCACCCCAAGAGGUUAAAGACUUUGCCUGCGUAUCCGAGAAUUAUGAAAAAUUGAAAUGUACAUGGACAGCCCCCGAAAAUUAUGUGAUGACCCAAUAUAGACUGGAAUAUAAUUUUAAGUCCACGAAACCCAGACAUAAAUUGAAAAAUGGCAAAAAAGUUCGUACAAGUGGUACGAGCUCGUACAAAUAUAUAAAAAAAAAAGGUACGCAACACCAUUGCCCAACCUACCCAAUCACCGACAUUACCUCUGAAACUGUUGGGGGGAAUUUGAGCUGUUCAUGGACCGUAAACACAACCCCGCAAUACAGACAGUCAAAGCAAUUGUUCAAGUUUACUCUUCGCAUAAACAACACUCUUGGAGAAAGGGUCCAACACUUUGAUUUCGACCACUUCAAACACAUGCGUCCCAAACCCGUUGAAGAUUUAUUUGCUACUGCUACAUCUCCUAGCUCAUUAAUUCUGACGUGGCAUUAUAAUUCCAAAUUAGAUGGUUUUGUAAGACCUCUAGAGGGAGAAAUACUGUACACUUGCCAGUUGUAUUGCAACCAACAUUGGUCUCUUGGAGGUAGAUUUAAUACGUCAAAUGAUAGAAAAAUAACAAAAUAUGAAUUAAAGAAUCUGGAAUAUCCACACACAUUGUAUGAUAUACGUGUCAGAAUAAAACCUUUAGAAGGAGAUGAAAAAAUGUGGUCAGAUUUUGCUUUUGAAACGAAAAGAACACUGAGCGAUUUGCCGAACUCUCCACCUUUGGUGAAUCAAGGGUCUUUCCAAAUAGAAGUGAACGCAAUGAAUUCGCUCACUCGAGAUGUUUACGUUUAUUUCCAAAGUGUUGAAGACUAUGAAAAAAAUGGAGAGAAUUUUACAUACGAAGUCAUAGCUACGCCUCCUUUGGAAAUAAAGGAAUUAACAAAGUCGUACGCCAAAUUCGAAGGUUUGAGUGAAAGGAAGUAUAUUAUUCGGAUAUGGUCUAAAAAUGAAGUUGGUAGAUCUAUCAAUCAUUCAGAAAUAAUAAUACCAGAGCACCCUUUGGGCGAGCCUGAACAGUUUUUUAAAAUAGAAAGAAGCUUCAAUACUUACGAAUUGCAAUGGGAGCCUCCAUCACAUCACGGAUUGAUUACAAACUAUACGUUGUUUUGGUGCGUCAAUGAUAGAGAAAGACCUUACCAGUGCAAGGGUUACUUGGAUUGGGUUGUGUUAUCAAAUACUACAUUCAAAUAUAACAUGACUUCGAACGAUCACGUCAUUCUUCAAUUUGCAGUUUCCGCUAACAACGAUAUAAGCAGUAGUGGUAUGCGUUGGGCGGAAUGUACAGUAUUAGCUAACAAAACUGUGGGCAAAAUGAGAAAUGUAUGGGUAAACAAAGUGGGUCCAGAUUUUAUUGAGCUUUCAUGGAAGUUAGAAUGCUCUGAUAUAUUAAGCGAAGUUACUGGUUUUGUUAUUACUUAUUGCAGUAGUACCAGCACUUUGUCCAAGGCAAAUGAGUGUGAAGGAGAAGUAAAGAAUAUUACUAAACCAGGAAGUUUAAGCACUGAAUCUGCUAGAAUAACCAAUCUUACCCCAUAUACUACUUAUCUACUAGCAGUAAGCGUUAAGAGUACAAAUACAGUGAGUCAACGCAGUGAUUGGUGUAGAAAUGUAACAUCACCAACCGCUCCUUCCAUUCCUUUAAAUGUAACUCCAUCAAAUGUCACUAAUUCUUCAAUUACUGUGACGUGGUCACCCCCAGAAAAAUUAAAUGGUCCACUUAAUGCUUAUAUUAUCCGAUACAAUGAUAAAGAAAAGAAGGUAGAUGCAAUUAACAGAACGAAUAAGGAAAUUUUAAAUGAUCUAGAGAGUUAUACAAAAUACGUGAUAUACAUGCGAGCUUGUACUGGUAAUAUGUGCUCAGAAAAUUCUAAAAAUGAAACAGUUGUUACAAAAAUGGGAAUUCCAGCAAAGAUCUCCAGACCAUACGUAAACGGAAACUCCGAUGAGAAUAUUAUACGCUGGGAUAAACCGGAUCCACCGAGAGGAGAUAUAAACUAUUACGAGUUAAGUAUAACUCGCGAUGGUUUCAACAUGGAAGAGGGGAGCUUAAAAAAUAUAACUGAUGCCAAUAAUUAUACCAUAGAAAACUGUCGAGAUGCAGGCCUCCACACGUUCUUUGUUGCCGUAAGAGCUGUCAAUAUCAUUGACGGAGAACAUGUUAUAGCACCAUGGAGUGAUACUGUUAAGAUAUACUGCUAUAAAUCUUCGUGGUAUAUAUUCAUUUACGUAUUCCUUGGUAUUUGUGGAAUGAUACUUAUUGGAAUUGGACUUAAAAAGCUUUACAUGUGUUGGAAUAUCGCAAGACACGUUGAAAUUAAACUACCUCCUGGUCUGGCACCAGCUGUAGAACAUCACAACGAGAAAAAUAUGGAUAUUAUAGAAAGAAAUUUCACUCACGAUCCAGAUGAAGAACUUCUUCUGGAACGAAUGAAUGAAAAGUGCCAAGCUGUUGAUUCCAGCGGAUGCAGUUCGGGUCAAGAAAGUAUUAGCUCUUCAGUUGAAUCUACUACACAUUUGUCUGUAGAUUCGGGCACUGAUCAACCUAGAAAUGUAUCCGAUGAUAAUAAAGAGAAUUCAUUAAGGCUAAGAAAUGUGUCAUCGAAAGGAUACGUGAUGUAUGAUCCAACGCCACCAGUAAAUAGAGGAACAAAGCCUCCACCAGCUCCUGCUGGAAGUUAUUGUCUUAUUGGAGUAGAUAUAACUCCUAAACCCAACCCAGAUACUCCCUAUGUUACAGUAAGUGAUGUAGAGCAACCGGUUCUUUCCUAUGGUGCAAAUGAGCCAUUACCUGAAGGCCCUCCACCAUAUGUGGUAACCGAUAUCUUCAAAACAACAAACCCCGGAUAUGUGCCAUUCACCCCUAUGGAACCCGCUAACAAAAAUACGGGAUAUGUAGUGGCUGGGGAUUUGACGUCUCUGCCUGCUCCAGAAGCCCAGAAAGAGUUCAUGGUAGCUGAUCCACAGGUAGCGCUAAAACCCACUACAGUAUGGCAAGAGCCACUGUUGGAACCCUCCUCGCUUCCUAAGCCAGGCUACGUGAGUGUGGGUGAUGCUCUUCCUCCCAUAACUGUCAGAGAAGCCAAAGGAUAUGUCCCCCAUAGACAUUUUGAAAAGACACUAAAAGAAGAAUAGUUCACGCAUUCUUGAGACUUUUAUUUAUACUUUAAAUCUUAUAACCUAAUUUAAUGUUAAAGUAAUUCAACAUAAUUGUUAAAAAGUGUUCCUCAAAGCCAUUUUUAAAUUAACGCAAUAUAUAUUUUAAGAAUGAAUUGAUUUUCGUAUUGAAUUGUUUUAGUAUGAUCUUUUUUAUUUGAACAUGUGGAAUUUAUAUCAUACUACCUCCUUAAAAGCUCAAAAUUUGGUAUAAAGGGCCAAGGAAAAUAUACUUGUAGAUGAAAUUGUAAAUUUAAUCCACAGCCUUGUUUAAAGUUUUUUGCUUUUAGAAUCAAGGGGUUUGUCUCAUGUACCACCUCUACAUGUGAAAACUUAUAACAGAAUCCAACGGAAAUUAAAAUAAUUUCUCGUUGUGAAUAUUUUUAUUUUUAUUUAUCGUAUAAACGUAUAUUUAAUCUCUAAUAAUAGUGUAAAGUGUAAACAUUACACUAUUAUUUUAUAAUCACGUUCCAUCCCUUUUUAUUCUUGCUAGAGGUGGAGAACUAUCGAUAGCCAUGGCUUCCGUUAAUUAUCGAUAGUCUAACACGUCAUUUUGGAUCAUUAUCGAUAGUUUUCGAUAGUAGGAGAGUAAGAGUAGAAUAAGAAAGUAUGUAAAAUAAUGGAAUAAAUAUAUGUCAAUGUUUAUUUUGGUAAAAUUUUGAUCAUCUAAACAAAUGUACAACAUAACAUAUUUUUUUAUUGUUUUACUUACUUUCCAAAACAGAAGCGGAUCAGUCUCUUCAUUUGAGUUGGGUCUUUCCAGAUAUUUGAUCAAAUGAAAAGGCAGAUAUCGAGCACAGUUUAUUAAUUAAAUAUUUUUAAAAUACUCUCUCUUCCUAGAGCAUCUUCAGUCAAUUUUGGCCUAUCCAACGAUUUGUGGAGGAUGUCGUAAACAUAAAAUUAUGUAUUACACUACACUACGCAAGGACAAACAGUUUAAAAUUUUUAAAAGGAGAAGC